CCUUCGUCUUGCUUCUUCUUUCUUCGUCAGUGGGCGCGCGGGCACGCGCGAACUCCAAUGGGGAGGGCCAGACUUUGUUCUACUCACCCAAUCUUCUGUUUUCCUUUGUUCUCCUGUGACCGUGAGGGGUUAAGAAUCUAGUGGCUGUGGGUUGUGUUGAAGGCGCGAACUCAAAAAGCUUCUUUCUUUCCUUUUGCCGCGUCUAUGCGUUUCCCAUUGUGCUGUGAGUAUGGAAGCAGAUUGGGUCUCUUUUCUCUACCCUAUGACCGUGAGAGGCCUGGGUGAGGCUUGAAUUCCUUUUCUUGGCUGCGGCUGAUCGUUCAAAGAGGAGAUGAAUUUGGGGUUUUAUUUAGUUGACGCAUGGAAGGAGAAGAUACACUCGAAUAGGCUCCUUCAGAAGCUUUUUAUUUUUGGCCAAACUCAAUCAAAGGCUUCAAAAUCAGUAACAUGACAGUGUAUCCCUCUCUGAGGCUACUCACAAACACUUUGAUAAACCCAACACUUAGAACUGGAAGAAACCAUAUUCAAUACCAUACUAGGCUUUUAUUUCAAUCGUAUGCGACUACUGUCAAUCCCCAGUUCUCGUGGAGUGUGGAGCACGAUUCUUCGCAGAAUGUACAACAACUGUUCGAUCAAAUACCUCUUAGAGGCCUUAAAGAAUAUAACCAAUUGCUCUUCUAUUACUCUCGCAAUGAGCAGGCCAGGGAAACUCUCCAUUUGUUUGUAUGUCUUUGUCGUUCUGGUUUACCCAUUGAAGGGCCCAUCUUGUCUAAUGUUUUGAAAGUUUGUGCAUGUUCUUUUGAUGGCCUAGUGGGCAGGCAAGUGCAUUGUCAAUGUAUAAAGUCUGGAUUUUUGCAGGAUGUUAGUGUAGGAACUGCUCUUGUUGAUAUGUAUAUGAAAAAUGCAUGUGUAAGAGAUGGGAGGAGGGUGUUUGACGAGAUGGAGGAGAGAAAUGUGGUAUCAUGGACUUCAUUGCUUUCAGGUUAUUCAUGGAAUGGAUAUAAUGAUGAUGCAUUGGAACUAUUCUGUAUGAUGAGAGUUGAGGGAUAUAUGCCUAACCAUUAUACUAUUUCUACCAUUAUUGGAGCUUUGGCUAACCACAAGGCAGUGGAUGCUGGAAUUCAAGUCCAUGCCAUGGUUGUAAAGCAUGGUUUUGAGACUAUAACACCUGUAUGCAAUUCUCUAGUCAAUUUGUAUUCAAAGUCAGGCAUGUUAAGAGAUGCUGGAGCUAUUUUUAAUAGUAUGGAGAGCAAGGAUUCUGUUUCUUGGAAUAGUAUGAUUUCAGGACAAGUGGCAAAUGGACAUGAUUUGCAAGCUUUGGAAAUUUUCUAUCACAUGCAAUUUGCAGGGGUUGUGCCUACGCAAAUGACAUUUGUUAGCAUUAUUAAGUCAUGUACCAAUCUUAAAGAUUUGGAUUUCAUAAGACUACUACAUUGUAGGACUUUGAAGAGUGGGUAUUCAAAUGACCAAGGUAUCCUAACUGCACUGAUGAAUGCAUACUUCAAAUGCAGGGAAAUGGAUUAUGCUCAUGAUCUUUUGUCCCUGAUGAGUGGGGGUCAGAAUGUGGUGUUGUGGACUGCUAUGAUCAAUGGGUACUUGCAGAAUGGUAACACUAAGAAUGCUGUGAAUUUGUUUUCCCAAAUGAGGCGGGAGGGUGUCAAACCAAAUCAUUUCACAUACUCUACCAUCCUUAAAGUACAAAAUGCUGUUUCCAUUUUCCAAAUACAUGCAGAGGUUAUCAAAGCUAACUAUGAGAAAUCAUCUUCAGUCGGAACUGCACUUUUAGAUGCUUAUGUUAAGAGAGGAAAUAUUUACGAUGCUCUUAAAGUUUUUGAGGUUAUUGAAGCAAAGGACAUAAUAGCCUGGUCAGCAAUGAUAGCGGGAUAUGCACAAACAGGUGAAACUGAAGAAGCUGCUAAAAUCUUCCUCCAGCUGUCAAGGGAGGGGAUUAAACCAAAUGAGUUUACUUUUUCUAGCAUCAUCAAUGCUUGUGCUUCUUCAAUGGCAUCAGUUGAACAGGGGAAGCAAUUCCAUGCUUGUGCCAUUAAAAUGAGGCUGAAUAAUGCUUUGUGUGUAAGUAGUGCCCUUGUUACUAUGUAUUCAAAGAGAGGCAAUAUUGAAAGCGCACAUGAAGUUUUCAGGAGGCAGGGGGAGAGGGACCUAGUUUCAUGGAACUCAAUGAUCUCUGGAUAUGCACAACAUGGUCAUGCAAACAAAGCUUUAGAGGUAUUUGAGAAAUUACAAAAUCAAAACAUGGAAGUGGAUGCUAUAACAUUCAUUGGUGUCAUUUCUGCCUGUACCCAUGCUGGCUUGGUGGAUGAAGGUCAACGUUAUUUUAAUAUGAUGGUCAAGGAUCAUCACAUUAACCCCACAAUGGAGCACUAUUCUUGCAUGAUUGAUCUAUACAGCCGGGCAGGAUUGUUGGGUAAAGCCAUGGAUAUUAUAAACGGAAUGCCAUUUUCCCCUUGCACAACUGUGUGGCGCACUCUCUUAGCAGCUUGCCGAGUACAUCGAAACAUGGAGCUUGGAAAACUUGCAGCCGAAAAGCUCAUGUUACUUCAACCACAACACUCAGCUGCAUAUGUGCUGCUAUCUAAUAUGUAUGCUGCAGCAGGAAAGUGGCAGGAGAGAUCCAAUGUGAGAAAGCUAAUGGACAAGAGAAGAGUGAAAAAGGAAGCUGGGUAUAGCUGGAUUGAGGUAAAAAAUAAGACAUACUCAUUCUUGGCUGGUGAUUCAUCACAUCCUAUGUCAGAUCAAAUUUACUCAAAGCUUGCUGAUUUAAAUGUCCGAUUGAAGGAUGCAGGUUAUCAACCUGAUACAAAUUAUGUGUUUCAUGAUGUUGAGGAUGAACACAAAGAAGCCAUUCUUUCUCAACAUAGUGAAAGGUUGGCCAUUGCUUUUGGGUUAAUAGCUACGGUUCCAGAAGUUCCCAUUCAAAUUGUGAAAAAUCUGAGAGUCUGUGGAGAUUGUCAUAAUUUUAUUAAGUUAAUAUCACUCGUUGAACAAAGAUACAUUGUUGUUAGGGAUUCAAACCGGUUUCACCACUUCAAAGGUGGUUCAUGUUCAUGUGGAGACUAUUGGUAAUGUUUAUGUUUUGAAGAUCUUUUAAGGAAAAGAUCUUUGUUUCUCAAAGGACAUGUAAAACCUCUUCAGACUGCAGAAUUCUUAUGGGAACCUCAAUGCAAAGACGAUAAGAAAUGAGAUCCUUAGGAUAUCAUGAUAAGAUCAAGGCUAUUGAUGCAUUUCUUUUUCCUGUGGAUUAUGGCAGAGAAUGAUCCAUUUUUGUUACCCACUCAGAGAGAGGGCAUUAUGAUACUUCUUCGACUUGAGAAAGAUGAUGUGCAAGUAGAAACCCAAAGAAAUAUAUGAUUUUAUAUAUAGUCAAUCAAUAUAUCUGUAAGAGUUGUCACUAUUCGUAAGUUGUGAACAGUAUGUCUUGAAUUUUUUGCAAGUGCUUGACGUCUUGACAAAAGGUUGGUAGCUUUAUAAAAUUUGUUAGCUGCUUAUGAGAAGUCUAGAAAUCAUAGUCAAUUUCACCUCUGAUGCUGGUUCAAGGAAUGUGAUGACUGAUGCUUAUAUUAGGUAUAUGCCGAAAGUUUUUUCAUUAUGCUUCCUUCCCUCUCUUGUUCCAAUAACUUGUUCACAAUGCUGCCUUGUUUGGUUUAAAAUUCAGAAAUUUGGUAACUUUGUCGCCAUAUUUGCAUGCUCCUUUUAUGCUGUUAGAUUCAUGAUUAGGGCUAUGCUUAUUUUGCUCCUUUAUUUUGAGGUUUUGGAAUGUACCAGGAGAUGUGCGUGCAUUGAAUAGAAGACAUCUCAUAAGGAAACAUUUGAGGACAUAAAGUUAACUCCUACUUUUGCUGACCCGUUGAUGUGUUUAAUCCAAGAGGAUACUGUCCUAUAGGUUGGAAGGACAAAAUGAGUCAUGCAUCUCAUAUUGACAGUUGUUGCUGAGUACCAAUUCAUACUGAUGUUCUAUGAAAUCUGAACGAAGUUGAAGGAAGACUAGAGUUCAACUAUAAACUAUAUUGUCAUUUGUUGAUAGAACAAAAUGGUGUUUGACCUAAUGAGAUAGGAUUUGUUGUUGUUAUGGCUACUGUUCUUGCUUUUAGAGACAAUUUGUAUUGGAAAAAUCAUGGAAAACUAAUCUGCAACACAAGUUCCUUAA